UACCGUGAUACCGUGGUCAUGUAUGUGCAAGGACUAGUUCUUCUCUGUGUGUUCCAACUUCUGACGCAAAACAGCUAUGGAAGCUGCGUCGGUCGAAUCGAGUACCCCAGACUCGACAACUUCCGGUUCAAGCAAACCGCUACGGACGGAGGUGUUCAGAUUCUGGCGGAAACGGAAAUGACGACAAAAGAUCCAGUGACCUUGACCUGGAUCAUUCGAGAGUACUACGACAUCUGGCCGAAUACUGCGCUGUAUUACUUUGUUCCGGAUGAAGGUGAUGAUAACUUUGAAGUCACUGCUCUCAAGGAAAACAACUCGACCAAGUUUCGAAUCAAGGGCGGUCCUAUAUUGGAUCCCAAGAAGAAGGUCUACGCCCGAAUCAGCAUUGAACAUCGAUGCACAACCGUUGUGUUGACGUUGAACAUCCACACCCUCCAGCUUGUCCAUGACGGCACAAUAAAAUUGCCUAUCCUUUUGGAGGUGCCGAAACCACUGUAUAUCGUCGGCCCAGGUGAGGAGUUGACCUUGACAUUGAAGAUAGAGAACCAACUAGACGACGCUACGGCACAUUAUGGAUUUUCUCGUCAUCUUCACCGCGCCGGGGACAGCCUUGUCCUCCAGCAACGCUUCAAUAACAUAACUCGAUACAAUUUCGGUGCACCCAACUUGAACUACACUAAAUACAUUCAGAACUCCGGUAGCUUCUCUAACUUAACCGUUUAUAUCAAGUUUCGGCCAUGGCUGAGGACUGAUGCCGGUGUGUAUUCCGUGUCUCAGCAGACGGCGUACUGGUUGCCUGGUGGCCCCUACCGAUACCACACCAUGGCGCUGUUGCAGAUAUUCGUUGACCUCCGAAGCCGGCGUAAGAUCCCACCAGCCUUUGUAGUCUACAACGAACUCGCUUGGAUCUUCAACCGGACGCAGACGUUCGAUCAAGACGGAACAUCCAUCAUACCGCUUCCAAAGUGGGCGCUAUGGCGGCCAUCUGUGACGUGCUUCGCACAUUCCCAGCGCGCACCCCGGCUGAGAGCCUACAAGAAGAACGGCUCCAAACGUAUCCCACUCGGAAAAAGUUCGCUGGUUUUUGGUCUAAAAACUGUGACAGGGGAAGCGUUUAGUGUAAAGCAAGGAAGCAAGAACAACUAUACGUGUAACAGCAUCGGCGAUAACCAGGCAUCAGUCGACUUCCAGAUUCGCUGGUACGAACCGGUUAAAAUGGUGCGGCGCUCACCGGAAGCGAGGACGAUAUCUGUCAGACGCCAAAGGUCUAUCCGCCUCCGAUGUGGCGGGACAGGCUCGCCGCGACCUUUCGCCAAGUUCUACCUCUUUGACUCCAUCUUCGGAUUCAUUCCCAACAGAAAGGACUUCACCACCAUCUACAGAGCCAACGAGAUAGAGACCUCUACCAACUUCAGGGUCUCCUCCCGUUAUAACAGGAAGAGGAAGCAGGUAUCAGGGAAACUGACCAUCAACAACUCGGACGCUCUGAAACCCUUUAAGAUUUUGUUGUGUCUUGUCGGCAAUGAAUACUCCUUCGAUUAUUACAGAUAUUUCAUUGUGCAAUAUUGAGACCAGGCAUGACUGUCGUAUCGUUAGAUCAAAGAAGAUAUAAGCUAAGUGAUAUCCAUAACAGUUGUAUAUUCGAACAGUUGUGCCAUGUGGCAAGCUUUAUGCAUAAAGUGCUUGACAAUUUCUAAAAGUUUGGACCUUUAUAGGAUACACGAUGUAAUCUAAUGCUUCGCUGAUCUUUAUCAGUCACCUAAUCGUAUAUGCGGCAUCUUUAAUCGUUCGCCUUACCUAUGCCAUACCGAAUGGGGUACGGGGUUGCUGAGUUAUAAUAGUUUGGCCAUUCCCCAAGCUUGCACCAAGCUACUUAAGCGAUGUUUCAUCGCUGAUCUUCUUCAGAUAUGUGGCCUCUUUAAUCAAUUCCCAGCGAUGUAGUUGAUCCCAGUUUACACAAUGAUCAGUCUACACUUGGAGGAAUUAUAUCAUUCCUCCAAGGUCUACACAACGGCAAUGUUAAAUAUCUAGUAUGUAAUUUCGCAAUUGGAGAUUUUAAAUUCAAUUACAAAUUGAGAAUAUUUAACGAACUGCGUAGGCCUUUUAAAUGCCAUGCGCGUGAAUCCAGACAUUUCUUGAGUGAUAGACUGAACUGACAGAUCAAAAUGUAACGGAUUUGAAGUAUGACAUCCCGACCCGCUAACGCCAUGUUUGCACGGAACUUAAUAUCGAGGUGAUAGACCAUGGUACUGCCUAGCUCUUCGCCAGCUUAACGGUUCUUGGCUAUAAGAAUAUAAUAGGCCUACAGUGACAUCCGAACCCGCUAGACUCUAAGUGACGCCAUAGGUGAUAGACCAUGGGAAUUAUGAUAAAGGUGGAUCUUUUUGACAGGUGACACAAAAAUUGUACCCAUUUGAUUUUGAAUGACUCCCUACAUGUAACUUCUUUUACUGUAUGACGUAGGCCUUUUUUCUGAGUAGACCUAAUCUGGUUCUGACCCUGUUGGGCCACGCUUACUUUUAACGUUCGCGUUCUUAAAACAAAAGGCUUUGAAGAAUUCCGAAUUGGUUUGUUUGGAUAGUAGGCCCUAAUAGAUCGAAAAAGCAAGCAAAAUUGGGAUUAAUAUUUUGUAAACUGUGUGAAUUCGGCAAAUCGUGGAGGUAGGCGUCUGAAUUAGUUUUUGUAGUUAAAAAAUAAAUCGAGAUUAGUGGAAGAAAGGACAUGGUUAUUACAAAGAAAACAUAGUCACCAGGACUUCAUUGUUUCAUACUUUAUGUCUCAAAAGUAAAUAAAGCUAGAUUAGAGUAAAUCGGAUACCUAUUAUUCCAAAGAAAACGCUGCCAUUAAUAAUAAUAAUAAAAUAUAAAUUAGUAUAUAUUCAGACUAUCUAAAAUAUUACGUACGGCCACUCGUUUGUCGCAAAUGCUUUGCAUCCAAAUGCUUCCCGGGCGUUGCAUCUGCAUGAAGACACUGAUAUGAAAUUAAUGUACAUGAGGAGUUUUGGAGAAGCCAAAGACAAGUCAACUCAUAGGCAUUCUGCUGUCACCGGUGAUACCAACCUAUAUGUUUGUAGGGUUUAAAUGAAACCAGUUUUUUUUCUCUUGCGUGUUGACACUUUGCGAACAGCUUCUCAAUAUACCUUCGAUAUGCCGAUGUUUACCACUGCCAAUCCUGAAAAUCCUGGUAAAACAGGCCUACAAGCCCGGUGAAGAAUCGAAUCAGUAUGGUUUUAGCAAUUGGCAAUACUUUUCAUACUUCAUAUAUAGUGUAUAAAUAUAUGUAGGUCAUGAAUGACAAAGAAAUACUACUCAGAAAUAAAAGC